AUGAAUUUAUCUGAAGCGGGGUACGGAAAAUCUACGGGAAUGCCUCAUAGCAAUAACAUGUCAUUGCUUGAAACGAUUGCUAUAAGUGUAUUCCUUGGAUGUAUUAUAAUGUUGACCAUAUUCGGAAAUACAACAGUGUUACUUGCUGUUUUCUUUGACCGAAGACUGCGGAGUACUACAAACUAUUUUAUAGUCAAUCUUGCUGCUGCUGAUUUGCUUCUUGGAAUUACUGUUUUGCCUUUAUCUGCCAGUUUAGAAAUAUUAAAAUAUUGGCCUUUCGGUCCUCUGGUGUGUGAUAUUUGGGCAUCCGCUGACGUUUUGUGGUGUACGGCGUCAAUUCUGACGCUUUGUGUGAUCAGUAUUGACAGAUAUAUUGGCGUUACGCGACCUCUCCAACACUCGAGUAUAAUUACAAAACGGCGGGCUGGCCUAAUCAUAUCCUUGGUGUGGCUGCUCUCCUUAGCAAUUUCAGUAGGUCCAUUAAUUGGCUGGCGUGAAGCGGAAUUAAAUGAUGACAUAGAAUGUACAGUCACUAAGCAAGUUGGCUACGUCAUCUUUUCCGUCUCUGGAUCUUUCUAUAUCCCCAUGUUAAUUAUAAUGGUAGUGUAUUUGAAGAUCUACCGGGAAGCUACGCGGCAUAACCGAUUUUUGAACAGUGGGUCUAAAACUGUGAAAGGAAUGGAUGACAAUGGACUCGUCCUUCGAAUACACACUGCGAGGUGCAGCCAAUCAAAUAUUCCUUCAUUACAGAGCAAUAGUUUCUACUCCAAUUCCAGUGAGCAUUCAGAGAAGUCGCCGAGGAAGCUAAGUUCCCGUAUCACCACGGCAGGCAGGCUCGCCAAGUUUAAACGAGAAAAGAAAGCAGCGAAGACCCUGGGAAUCGUAGUUGGUGUCUUCAUUAUCUGCUGGUUCCCGUUCUUCUUCUGUCUGCCUCUAGAUGUCCUCUGCACGUCUUGUAAAGUUCCAGAGAAACUGUUCACGGUUAUAUUCUGGCUAGGUUACUGCAACUCUCUAAUGAACCCCAUUAUCUACGCCAGCUCAAGUCGCGAAUUCAAAAGGGCGUUCAUAAAAGUGUUGAAAUGUUACUGGUGUCGAAGGCGAUGCAACAAUGUUGAUAUGCCUCUUUGUAACAUGACACUAGUAAAGAGAAAACGCUCACCAAAUGCUAGAACCGGAAGUGUGAAAAAUCGCCAUUUUGAUGACCACCUGGAGUACAAGGACAGAUCGGCCUCACCAGCUAGGUCUUUAGUAGUUUACCAUGACUCGCGAAAACAUUCCUCACAAUCAUCUCACAUCAACCAAAGGUUGUCCUUCUCAGAUCUGGAUGAUAUCGACUAUCACUCCGCUCACGUUAACCAGCUAGAUUCACAUAUAAGGAAUUAUUCUGCAAUGGUAUGA